AUGUCCUACGAUCCUGGAAAGUUUGCCGAAGAGAGCAAGUUGGCACCGUUCAUAGAGGCGCUCGUGCUCCAGCUGUCCAUCCUGACCAUCAUGGCUGUCUCCGUGGACCGGUACCGAGGUGUGUGCCACGCUCUGCAGGCCCAGGCUACCAGCCGCAUCCGCACCACUGCAGUAACAAUCGCAGCCGCUUGGGGGCUCUCGCUCCUCACCAGCAGCCCCAUGCUGGCCAUCGUGAAGUUCUCCACCUACCACUUCAAUGGUUCCGCCGUGGAGAUCUGCGAGAUGAGUCUGGCGGAGUCCUGGAGGAACGUGUAUGCCGUUGCCGUGACCGUCAUGUUCUUCAUCAUCCCGUUCUUCAUCCUGUCCUCUCUCUACAGUCUCAUCAUCCGCCGGCUCGUCAGGAGGAACUCGGACGAGACCAGCGGAAACUUCCGACAUCAGCAACAGGCCAGACGCCGAGUCAUCCGCAUGUUGAUCGUGGUGGUGCUGGUGUUCUUCCUCUGCAUGCUGCCCAACAGGGUCUUCCACCUCUGGAUGCUGUUCGCACCGCAGGAGAACAUCAUCGCGCUGGGCAGCGGAACGGUCAUGAAGCUCAUCGUGUUCAUGCGGUCACUGGCGUUCUUAAACUCCGGCAUCAACCCCAUCAUCUACUCGCUGUUCUCCACGCGGUUCCGAUCGACCAUCCUCAACUGUUUCCGCAGUCCCAUCGUGCUGCAGGGGCGCCACCUGUCGAAUUCUUCGGCCCACACAGGCAACCCCUCCCGUAUAGCCCUCCCGGAGCUGAACGGGAUGCGCACGUGGCGGGAGCGACUGGCCCCGGGCGCGGCAGGAGGGACGGCCGGGGAGAAGAGGACCCUCCACCGACCAGCUCUCGUGGAGCUGCCGUCGCUCAGGAGUUUUCCCGUGUCGGACGAAUCGGACAGUGGGAGCGUGGUGUACAUAAGGAAGCUCUCUAUGGACUGGGUCAACUUGAAAGAAACUGCUCUGUGAUGGAUUCUACCGACACAAAUGUGGUUUCAUUCGAAUAAAUGCUCCCUGUUUGACUUGUAUUUUUUAUAUCACGUAUUAGCUCUAUGUCAUAUUUAUCUUUUUGUCGUAGAGUGGUCUUCAAUUAUCAUAGAUAUAGGAAUUUGGUGUUAGCCACAUCAUUUCAUAUUGCUGUUAAUAAUGUAAGGACGUACCCGUAUGCUUUCUACUGUGAUAAAUAUAUGAAUUUUGUGUGUAACCUAACUGCAUAUUAAUGAUGUAAGCAAGUGGCUUGUAUUUGUGUAUUUUCUAUACGUUUUUCCUCACAGAUUUGGCUUAUUCGUCAUGAAAGCUGCAAAAUCAAAGCAUACCGCAAGAGGGGGCACCAGCCUUUUAAUGUUCACACACGGUUUUGGUUUGAAUGGUAUCCAGUCAAGAGUAAGGCACGCAAUGUGUACGUUAAUACUGUUUAGUCUGCAAAUAUACGUUUCGUAUCUGACACUCUCUAGAUCUGUUCUCAAGAACAGUGUCAACCUUUGCGCAUUGAGUAAGUGAAGCUGAAACAGCCGUAUGUUUCCUUAGUUUACGUACUUGACUUGUUGGACCUUUUUCAUAAAUGUCCUAGUCCACAGAGAAUGCCUACCCUGUAAUCAUAUUGUCGCCGGACUCAAAUGAGGACGUAAUUAACAUGACGAGGCACGCACACGCUUUCAAAACCCUGUCCAGAAAUUACUUGCUUUCAGUGAUGAUAACAGUCAUCAGUGUCGAGCCAAUGAAUCUUGUACGAAGGCGCACUCUCCAACACCGUUAUUUGGAUUUAAAUCGUAAUAAGACGAACGCAGCAGUGAAUUCGUGAGGAUCAAUUGAAUUAAUCCCCAAGCAAGGAGACUUAGCAUCUUAGCAUCAGUAUGGUGCAGGCACCGGUGGAUGAUAACUCACUUUAACAAAAAUAUACUAUACAUUUAUGUAUACCUCAUCGAGCUUAUUGUUCCUUGU